CGGUCGACACGAUGGCCAACCAACGCGCACGCCCCUGCCACGCCGCCGGCGACAUCGCGGACGACGUCCUCCGCGACGUCUUCGCGCGCCUGCCGGGCCUGCGGGACCUCCUCCGCUGCGCGGCCACGUGCAAGCGAUGGCGCCGCCUCGUCACCGACCGUGCCUUCCUCCGACAGGUCGGCCUCUGGCCGGAGACGGCGCGCCAUCCGUCCGCCCUCGUCGGGAUCUUCUCCCAGAACGCGCAUCCCACCGGCCCGUCCGGUUUCAUGCCAGGGGAACCCGGGCCCGGUUCGGCCCCGCAAUUCCUGAGCCUGCAGCUGCAGGCCGGCGGCGACGGGCGUCUCGCCUUCGACUCGUUCGUCGCCGACGACGAUGGCCUCUUCGACUUCGCGAGGCCGCUGGCGUCGCGGCGCGGUCUUCUACUCCUGCGCAUCAUACGGCCAACCCGCGUCCGUAACGGCAUCGACCGCCAGCCGCUCCAUCUAGCCGUGUGCCGCCCUCUGAUCGACAAGAGGAGCACGCGUGUUCUCCCGCCGCCCCUGCUUGACAGCAUGACACUCUUUGCCGGCGACCUUACCGGCUGUGCGCUUCUCACCGACGCGGACUACGGCGAUCAUUGUACUGCUAAUUCGGACAACCACCAUCGGCAACCGACGUUUCAAGUGCUCGUGAUCUGCACCAACCGCGACUGGACCGUGUGCACCUGUACGUACUCCUCGGCCACGGGGAGUUGGGGCGCGCCCAUCAAGUGUCUUCAGGUUUCCGGCAAGAGAUGGAGGUGCGGGGCGCGAGCCGGCGUCGUCACCGGCGACACGGCGCAUUGGCUGUACAUGGAUAACACAGACUUCUACACCCUAAGCAUAAACGCCACCACGUCACACGUCUCCAUGACCAAGAUCCCAGUUAGUAGAUUUGACGCUAGCAUGCCGCUAUCACAUCCGCCACUCUUGUGUAUCGCCGGAGAAGGAAGACUGUCCUUCGUUACCAUACAAGACCACGGCGUUCUAGAGCUCUGGACCAGGCAAGAACAGAACGGCGAGUAUGAGGCGGGCUGGCAACACUCUCAGCUGACGGAUUUGGGGAGAAAAAAGAGAAUAAGCAGUGUCUUCUUUGCAGAGAGCAGAGGUGCUUUGCUCGUUAACCUAGAUGAUACAUCCAUUACCAUAGAUCUCAAGAGUAAGGAAAAAAUGCUACUAGUUGAUCUGGAGGACGAGAAAAUGAGGCAUGUUGGCAACAUAUGUUGUUUUAUGUUGCAAGGGCGUUGUAGUAGCACUUGCUGCAGAGGAGGGCACGAAUAUGAUAGGACGUGUCCAUCCAGACCCCCGGUUCUCUACGAGAUAGAUUUGGUAUUUAGCCGCCGUAUGUUACUUACCUCUUCUCAGCUAGGAGAUGAGAUAGGAGAUCGUUAA